AUGGCUGAAUAUAUGCCAGUUGGUCAAAGUGUUUCAUUAAAACAGUUCGAUCCAGAUAAUGAAGCACUUAUUAAUGAAUACUUUUCAUCAGAAAAAGUUGAUGAAGCUGCUGAACAUUGUUUACGUUUAAUUGGUAGUAAAACAAUUGUAUCACACAAUAAUCAUAAUUAUAAUAGUGAUGAAAAUGAUUUAAGUUAUGCAGCACGUAAAUUAAAAUGGAGAAAUUGUAUUCUAAAAGAAUUAGAUCGUAUUAAUCGUGGUUUAUUUUCAUGGAAUAUUGGUUCAUUAUUUAAAUAUAAUAAAGAUAUGAAUACGGUAGAAUAAAUUCAAUAAAUCGAUUAUUAUUAAACAAAUUGAAAUAUAAAGAUAAACAAUAGAAAACAAAUAGUUUAAAAGAAACUAUAUUUCUUUUUCAACUUCAAAAAACAAACAAACAAAUAAACAAUUACUACUCAAUACUAAUCACCAUCAUAAAUGAAGAUAUUACUUGUAAAAUUGUAAUGAAUUUUAUACCUGAUAAAUAUUAUUCUAUAUCAAUAUUUCGUUUUCUUUCAGUCUAAUGUUUACUCAUACAUAAUAAUAUUGAUAUAAACAAAUUAUUUACACUUUACUUUAUACCCCUAUUUUAUUCAUUAU